GAGAAUGGCUGUUGUUGAUCAUUUAUCUUUUUAAAGAAAACAUUAUCGGAACCUCGUCGACAAAAAAUUCAGCUCUUGGGAACAGAACGACGGAAGUGACAUCAGAGUCAUUUUUAGAAAGAUGGCGACUACAGAAUUUGCACUUAAUGUUGACCAUGUCUAUAGUUGUGUCGUUUAUCAUGUUUUGGGGAAUAGGCGGAGUUUUUCAAUAUUAUUUUUAUUAUAAGCGAAGAACUCAAGCAGCUGAUUGGAAAUGUCAACCGGACAAAUUUUUGACACCAGAAAACGAAAAACAUGAAUUUCUCCUCGGUUCAGCUAAUAUGUUACUGGGAGCUACGGUAUCUGGUUUUAUUGCUUGCUAUAUAGUUAAUGGAGGGUACACCACUUUAUAUUACAACAUAUCAGACCGUGGGUGGUUAUACUUCCUAGCGUCUAUACCAGCGUUUUACAUGUAUAUAGACUGUUUAGCGUACUACUUCCACCGAUUGACACACACAAAGUGGUUGUACAUCAAUAUACACAAAGUCCACCACCGAUACCACCAACCCACAGCCUUCAGUACUGUAGCAAUGCAUCCUGCCGAGUUUCUGUUGCACCAGAGUUAUCUUAUCAUUGUUCCAUUUUAUUUUCCUAUCCACGUUGCUGUUUAUAUACCAACAAUAUUAUAUGUGUAUUACUAUGGUAUGAUGGAUCAUUCCGGGAUAAAGAUGAGUGCACUCUGGCCAUGGCAACCACCUUCUAUCUUCCAUGACAACCAUCACAAGUAUUUCCAUGUCAACUUUGGUUUUAAUUCCUAUUUUUUCGAUUGGCUGCAUGAUACCCUCAGGAAAGAAGACCGCGUAUAUGGAGAAGACAUUUUUGGUGGAAAGGGUCAACAACUCUUAUCUACAAAGAAGUUGUCAUGAUAAAAUGCUAAGAUAUUUAAUUCAGUUCACUAAUUAUUCUUUAAAUAUUUAGUUAAAUUAAACAAUAUGUCACAUCCAUAAAUGCAGUAAGGUCAGAUUGUUGACCUUUUGCUACAUAAUUCAAUGUUAUUCAUAGGUGUCAACUUUCCAGAUAUUAGUGGGAACAAUUGAAAACAAAAGGAAAUCUACAUUUGAAAAAGACUCAAAUAUCUAUUUUAAAACAAAAUAAUUUUCUAUUUCUAACUCUUUAGACAUUAUUUCAUUUUAUAGUCAUUAUUUUGGUGAAAAAACUCAUAAAUCGACAUUUCAGCGGAAUUUGUUCUCGUCAUUAACAGAUAAACAAUUUGACGCCAAAUGUAAGCUUCCGGUGUUAAACGGAAACAUCACACUUUGUGUAUGUCUCAGAAUGAAAUAAAUAUUGCAAACUGAAGAUUUUCAGAUGAAAAAUGAAACUAUUAUUAUUAUUAUUAUUGAGGAAAUCCUAUAUGAAUCCAUGAUGAAGGCUUUCUUAAGUUACAGACGGGUAGAUUGAGAAUUGCACCCGUCAUUCUGUUUUCCAAAUAGACCCAUCUAUAGAAAAAAUGCAUUAAAAAUAACUUCAACUGCAAGAGGUUAUAUAAAAUAUGACAAACAACAUGACAUUUAUUUGACGACACAUUUUUUAUAGAAACUAUUUUUUUUUUAGGUUACCAUAGAUCUCCCAUUUUAAAAGUUUUUUUCAAAGUUGACACCUAUGUUUAACAUAAUUUUUGUUGUUGUUUUUUUAAUGCAUUACACUGUAUUGAUCUAUGAUUUACAAGUGCUAAUUUACAUAUUUUUUAAUUUGUUUGUUUGUUUGUUUUUCUUUUAACUUUGACUUUACAGGUAUUUUGAAAAUUAUGCUGGAUUGGUGCCAACUAUUUUGAGAUCUAUGACAUGAAGUUAAACAUUGAGAUCUCUAUGAACGAAUAAUUGGACCAUGCAGACAGCCUUAUUUUGUUAAUUAUGCCCUACCUACGAUAGUAGAGGGGCAUUAUGUUUUUCGGUCUGUGCGUCCGUUCGUUCGUUCGUCCGUCCGUUCGUCUGUCCUACUUCAGGUUAAAGUUUUUGGUCAAGGUAGUUUUUGAUGAAGUUGAAGUCCAAUCAACUUGAAACUGAGUACACAUGUUCCCUAUGAUAUGAUCUUUCUAAUUCUAAUGCCAAAUUAGAGUUUUAACCCCAAUUUCAUGGUCCACUGAACUUAGAAAAUGAUAGUGCGAGUGGGGCAUCCGUGUACUAUUGACACAUUCUUGUUUAUUUAUUGUGUUAUGUUUUUGUUUUUGUUGUUGUUGUGUUUUUUAUAAUGUACUUAUCUCUUUAAAUUUUAAAGCCAUGUUUGUUAAAUUUGUUAACUAUGUAUUAUUAUUUGAGAUCUAUGACAUGAACUUUACCAUUGAGAUCUCUAUGAACAACUAAAAAUACUAUUUAAAUCAGUGUAAAAGUAAGGGUAUUUUUGUUAGUUUUUAUCUUGUUAUUUUGUUAUGAUAAUGUUGUUACCUCUUUGAAGAUUAAAGCCAGUAGUUUUAUUGUUCAGUAUUAUUAUUUAAACAUUAUCAGGGUAAGAUGCAAAUUUAUGUGUUCCGUCUUUUUUUCGUUUAAAAAUAGAAAUAUUGCUAGGUUCAAAUAUACCACGAGUAUAAUUUUUAUGUAUUUAGAUAGUCUAUUUAUUACCUUGACACAAAAUGAUUCAGCACUUUGUAUUAUUGCAUUAUUGUAUUAGUAAAAAAUGCUUUUUACAGAAGUAUAAUGAAAAUGAAAUUUCUUGAAACUCUAUGACUUGAAAACGUAUUUCAAUGAGGGUUUUCGACAUGAAACAAAAAUGAAAGCACACCAUAUUAGGAAUUGAUAUUUAAUAAUAGAUUUAAGUAUUUAUUUAUUGGUUCAUUUUUUUUAAAUAAGUGUACACCAUGCUUUAUAUAUAUAUAUUAUCACUUAAUAUUAGAAAACAGCCAUUGCUUGAAACUGUGUAGAAAAUAAUGAAAAUGACAGUCAAUGAAACUCUAUGACUUGAAAACUUAUUUCAAUGAAACUCUAUGACUUGAAAACUUAUUUCAAUGAGAGUUUUCACAGUAUGAAACACAGGAUUAGGAAAUGAGGUUUAAUGAUAGGUUUUUAGUAUUUAUUAAUUGAUGUAUUAGUAUUUCGUAAUUGAUGUUUUUUAGUUUUUAUUAAUUGAUGUAUUAGUAUUUAUUAAAUGACUGAUUGAAGCAUUUACUUAAGAAAAGGAAGACUUACUAUCUUGAAAUCAGGGAUGAUUUGAAAAUAUUUUGAACAGUAAGCUUAAUAUAACAUUGAAUGAAAAUACAAAGACAUGAACAAUACAACAUAAAGUAAGGUGUUAAAACAUACAACAAUGCACUAUGUCACAGAUUAUUGUAAGUUUUUGCAUACAACCUGGACCUGGUGAACCCUUCUAGUGAAAAUAAAAAAAAUGGAUGUCCUUUCUAAAAUAGAUAUAGAAAAUUGUAUAGAAUUCAUGUAAAAUCUUGAAAAUAUCCUAAAAUUAUCCUUAAAAACCCCCCAUCUCAAAACGUAUCUCAUAGGUUAUUCUACCGAUAUGUUACUGGUUGGAAGAUAAAUGUCCGUUUUGAUAAUUUAAAGUCAUCAUGUUUGGCUAUACAGAACUUAAAGUCUUUUUCUUGGUCGAAAAAUAUCACAAAACGUCAAAAUAAUCGUAUCGUCAUUUUGCGGUAGAAUUGUAAAUCACGAUUUUUUAAAGUAUUCUCUACCAAAACGAUAAUAGAUUUGACUAAUACACCAAAAGUGAAUUAGGUUACUCUAGGGUUAUUUAAUAUUAAUCAAACGAAUAUUUAUGUAGCAACAACUUACACCAAUUUUUAAGAAACAUCUAUGGAUUGGUUUUGGAAAUUUGAUGAUUGAACGAUAAUCUAAGAUCGCUUUUUAUCGAUUAUAUCUAUACGAAUGAACAUUGAUUUUUUUUAUUAUUUUCAUUCAACAUGUCCAAUUAUAUUUUAGAAAAAAAAGAUAUGAAUACAUUAAGUUCCGAUUUUUAGUUCAAGUUAAACAUACAGAAGUUUCAUGCAAAAUCUUAAAAAUAUCUCUGACACGACCCAUUUACUGUAAGUUGACCUUAAUGUAAACAAAAUAUCUAUUUUGUUGCAAGGUAAUGGUGUGAAAAUAAAAUUGAAGUCUGUUGAAUGCAAUUUACUGUGUAAAUAUAUUCUGAGAUCUAUGACAUGAGCUGUAUCGUUGAGAUCUCUCUGAAGCAAGCAGUAGCAAGUUGUAGAUUGUGUACCUUUUCAAGGAAUGUUUUUACAUAUUAUUGUUAUUGUUUUGCUGUAGAAAAAUAUAAAUUACACUGUGUAUGAUUUUUAUCUUUCACAAUUGAGAUAAAAUAAAAUGUUGUUAUAAUUUUUAAA